AUGGUCUCGCCUAAUGAAAGUCCCGAUAGGAAGCAGGAGGGGAUACUCCCAGAUCCAAGACGAACCAGCAAGGGGUAUCGGGAUUGGGAGGAAACAGAUUUAACUGUGUUCUCGUGGAUCGUCGAUAACAUCGAAAAUGAUAUUAUUGCCGAUUUCGCUCUCCACCAAACGUCUAAAGCUUUGUGGGAUAAUCUCGCAAUCACAUUCGAGAGCAAGACAAAUCCGUAUCUAGUGUACGACCUGGAGGACAAAAUAAUAUCAAUCAGACAAGGAAACCUCGAUCUAGAGACAUAUUACCGUCGAAUCCACGGAUUGUGGGUGAAUAUUGAUCGAAGUCAGAAGCAACCAAUCACGUGUUGUGAUAAGGGGAUCGAGCAGUAUCGGCAGCACGCAAGUGAGAAACGACUCAUCAAGUUUCUCACGGGUUUGAGUCAGGAAUAUGACCACAUCCGUCGGGAGAUCCUCAAACAACAGCCAUACCCCUCAGUCGAAGAAGCCUACGGAUGGGUGAAGAAGGAGGCGGCUCGACUGAAAAUCAUGCCACCGGCAUCCGCUCCACCCACCGGAGACUCCACUGGUGUAGGAAGCGCCGAUGCAUCAUCGGGAGAAAUAGGCUACGGAUUCGAGGCACAGAGGGAUCGACCGAACAAUCGAGGAAGUCAGCAACGACCGCCACCUGCCGGAACCACAUACCAAACCGCCGAAGGGAAGCCGGACAAGAGCAAGCUGUGGUGCUCCCACUCCCACUGUGGGAAGAACAAGCACACGAGGGAAACCUGCUUUCUCCGGGUAGGAUACCCGGAAUGGUGGGACGAAAAACAGAAGGCACGAGCCCAAGGUAAGCUCGCUGCCGUCGGAAUCUAGGAAAUCAACCAGCGACAAAGUGCUCCAAAUCAGAACAAAGAAGGGGUAAUUGGAGGAGGGAACCAGCCUAAUAACCCUCCCCAACCGGGAAUCGGCGGCGGUGGAAGUGGCAUCCGGGUCGGAAAUUCCAUGGAACGAGCCGGAGCGGCAACGGAGGGUCAGAACUGGGGAGGCGGUUCAAUGAAAGGAGGAUAUUCGGACGAGGAAGAUCGUUGGGCGUGGCACUGAGAACCAAGGACUCUACUACGUGGAUGGGGUAGCUCAACAUGGCAGUGCAAUGCUAGCUCACGGAUCCACAAGAGAAGAGGCUUGGCUAUGGCACAGAAGACUAGGACAUCCUUCCCAUGGUUAUUUUCAACUUUUGUUUCCAAGUUUUACUAUUCCCAGACUUUUCCUGUGAGACAUGUGUUUUGGCCAAGAGCCACAGACAAUCUUUCAAACCUUCAGAUACUCGUAUGAAAUUUAUGUUUGAACUA